AUCCAAUUGCAAUUCAGACUCACAGGCUGAGAAGGGCUACAGAUGUCAUUCAUCGACUGAACGCAAGCCUUAGCUACAAAGAGAAAAGCCAUUGAAUUGUUGAGGUGCUAAACGGGAAGCAAUUUCAAGCAAUUCCUUCUCAUCCAUGGCUACUGUCGCUACAGUCAAGUAUGGAAUCAUUGGAGUGGGGAUGAUGGGCCGAGAACACCUCCUUAAUCUCUACCAUCUUCGCGAUCAAGACGUUGCCGUUGUCGCCAUAGCUGAUCCGCACGCUUCAUCACAGCGACAAGCCCUUGAUUUAGCUCACUCACUUGGCUGGAAAAUGGAGGUUUUCUCAGGGCACCAGAAGCUUUUGGAUAGUGCACUUUGUGAUGCAUUGGUUGUUUCAAGUCCAAAUAUGACUCAUUAUCAAAUUCUAAUGGAUAUCAUCAACCAUCCUAGACCUCAUCAUGUACUUGUGGAGAAGCCAUUAUGUACAACAGUUGCUCACUGCAAAGAGGUUGUAAUGGCUGCAAAAAAGAGGGAGGGUAUUCUGGUUCAAGUUGGACUGGAAUACAGAUACAUGCCACCAGUUGCUAAACUGAUUGACAUAGUUAAGGGUGGGAAUCUUGGACAAGUUCAAAUGGUGGCGAUUCGUGAACAUCGAUUUCCUUUCUUGGUUAAGGUCAACAACUGGAACCGUUUCAAUAUUAAUACUGGGGGGACUCUGGUGGAAAAAUGCUGCCAUUUCUUUGAUCUGAUGAGGCUGUUUGCAGGUGCAAAUCCUGUCCGUUUGAUGGCAUCUGGAGCCAUUGAUGUUAAUCACAAAGAUGAAAUAUAUGAUGGGAAGGUUCCAGACAUACUUGACAAUGCAUAUGUAAUAGUUGAAUUUGAUAAUGGUUCAAGAGGAAUGCUGGAUCUUUGUAUGUUUGCCGAGGGAAGCAAAAAUGAGCAAGAGAUAUCAGUUGUUGGUGAUAUUGGAAAGGGAGAGGCUUUUGUUCCGGAAAACAUUGUCCGUUUCGGCACUCGAGUUUCUGGAAGAGAUGGCGUCGAAACAUUGAAAGCAGAGGAUGGCAGAAUCAAGUACGAAGGUCUGCAUCAUGGGUCUAGCUAUUUGGAACACCUCAACUUUUUGUCUGCAGUUAGAGCUAAGGAUCGACUAGUUCCAGCAGUGGACUUGGAGGAUGGACUGAUAUCAGUCGCCAUGGGAGUUGCUGCACAACUUUCUAUAGAGACGGGUCGAUUUGUCACCAUUGCCGAAGUCAUGGAUAAGUAGGCAAGUUCUGAGAGCAGUAUUGAAUUUGUGAGAUCAUUCCCAACGGUUCUUAUUUUUGUAAAAGAAAAAUAAAAGAUGUGUACAAAUGUUCAGCAUAUGAAUUCCUUGAUAAAAAUUGGUCGUGGACUAUAUUUAAUUUUUCAUUUUGAAUUUGUACCUUUAUAAUAUACCUAUUUUGGUUCA